AUGCCACCCUAUUUCGAUGUUUGGGAUAAUGUGAAUCAAUAUCGAUUUUUGAACAGAUACCAGAAUUAUACACCAAAUUAUAGUGAGUCAAGCGAAUUCUCUCUCCAAAAAUUAUCAUUUUUUCCAGUCAAAUUUCUGCCAGGAAUGCUGAAAUUUGAAAAAGUGUUAUUCAAAGAUUACGACAAUCAAAUCUCUCCAAUUUGUGAUGAUUUCACAACAGUAAGUGCAAUAUAUGAGCGAAAUACAAAUUGGGUUUAUUUUAUCGAUGUUUUUCGUCUCAAAUUGUUGAAUAUAAAUGCGCAAGAGGAACAGGUCACUGUUGUUACGGAGAUUAUUCAAAGUUGGCAUGAUCCGAGAUUAGAAUGGAAUGUUACACAUUGGAAUGAUCUUAAGAGUUUGCAUGUUCGAUUGGAUAAAGUUUGGUCGCCGCCUAUGUUGAUUUCUGCUGCGUGAGUUAGUUGAGAGAAAACGAGAGAGAGCGUGGGUGCAGAAGAAGAAGCGAGACGAAAAAGGGAUAGAGAAAACGAGAGAGAGAGCGUGCGUGCAGAAGAGAAGCGAGACGAAAAAGGGAUAGAGAAAACGAGAGAGAGAGCGUGUGUGCAGAAGAGAAGCGAGACGAAAAAGGGAUAGAGAAAACUCGUUUUUAAUUAUUGUUUUUUUUCACUUGCAGAAGUGAAGUAGUAGAACACCGUGAUCAAAAUUAUCGAAUGGCAAAAAUCUACUACGACGGCACCGUUUUCUCACAUGUCCCUUUAAAACUCACAUUUUCGUGUGACUUUGAUAUGACCGAUUUUCCAUUCGACACUCAAAUUUGCGAAAUUCAAAUUGCUCUUCCAGUUUUUUCUUUCAGACUUUAUGAUUUUUGAAAUGAAGUUAUCAGGUAAAAUGGAAAAAUGUGGCUGGCGUAAAAACAUUACUUCGUCAGUCGCGUGCGGCUGUGCGUCGCGGUCGGUUAAUUGUUUCCUGACCGCGACGCACAGCCGCACGCGACUUUGACGAAACUAUCCAUUUUAUUUUUUUAAAUAAAAACGAGCACAUUUUUCAACUCGAUUUCAACAAUAUUCCCAAAAUUCUCUGUUUGCAGGUGAUAUAGAGUCAUGUUUUCUGGGAAAUUCAGAAUGGGAUGUUUUAUCAGUGGCAAAUGCAACACGUGAAAUCGAGGCUUGGCUGUUCAAUGAGAAAUCCGGUGGAAAUAGUAAAUACGGAAUCAUCAAAAUGCAUCUGAAAAAGAAAACCAAUCUAUUAUUUAUACAUGAUUAUUCUACCAACAUUCAUAAUUAAUUCAAUCAGUUUGGCUGGAGUAUUUUUAAGAAAUACCAGCAAAAUUGAUCGAUUAACAAUUGCUUUGACACAUAUUAUGACAAUGACUUUUAUUUUGGGAAUUGUGGCGGAUAAUUUACCGAGAUCUACGAAUGUUCCAUUGCUUGGCAAGUUUAUUAUUUUUAGUUUGUUGAGUAUGAUGUUUGCGUUGAUUGUCUCAACUUAUUUGAAAAAGGACUACCAAAUAUUUCGCAUUGAAAUUUGAGGAUUCAAUAGAUCAAGGAGAAAAGUGAGUUUUGUAUUAUGUGUGCAAAAAAAACAAAAAUUCAAAAAAAAAAAGUGACCCUAGUUCUGUCCUCCCCCUUCGUUUUUGUCGCGACGAGACACACACCUUCAAAAAAUCGAUGCGCCUUUAAUUUGCAUCGAAAAAAGGCCGUCUUUAGGGUGUUUUGGGGCUAUUACCGGUCAAAAGAAGGAAUUAAAACUUGAGAAACGAGGAGGAAGGGAUUUAGAACAAAUUCAAAAAUGAAUUUGCUUCAUUUUCGCAAUUUUGAAGAGGAGAACGGGGUUUUCUUCUAUAAAGUACUUUAAAAUCUCCUUUCAUAGUAUUUUCUGCUUUAAACAGAGUUGAACCUUCUUUAUUCUUCAUUUUGUUAUCAAUUUGGUUGAUUUUUGCCUUUAUUUCAUGUAAAAACAUCGAAAACCUCGAAGACCCGAAAAAAAAAAAACAAAAAACACCGUAGUUUUUGAAAGGCGCAGCACCCGAAACACACAUGGUCUCGUCGCGACGAAAAUAAACGAGAGGGGAAGAACUACGGUAGAUAUUUUUUUCAAAAUAAUUAUUUUUCGUUCUCAUUUUUUUUGCACACAUAAUAAGAAAGCUUCAGAAAUGUUUAUUUUAUUUUCUAGAAAUCAAAAACAUCACUUGAUUCUCAGCCCGAAGAUUCGAUAUAUCAUCCUUUCCACUUUUCAAUUGUUGAACCUUUGCUGCUUUUUUUAUUUGUUAUAUCGAGCUUAUACUUUUGAUCGAGAUUUUGCGUUUCCUUAUGAUUGUAAUCAUCUGAAGAAAAAUAUGGAUUCUUCUCAUGAACUACGACGGGAAAAAAUGUAUGGAAAUAGUGAAUAA